UGCUAAUGUAGGACACGGCGUUUCUGGGAUCAGUGCUGUAGCUGUGUUUGUAUUUAUGAAGGACUUUUACUAGAAGUGUUUAUAGGAAUCUGACGCUGUGGAGACAUGGUGGGCUAUGACCCCAGGGCUCAGGUGGCAGCCCUCUCCCCAGAGGAGGCGGCCCUGGCGGGGUCAGCGGCUGGGAUGGUCACCCGGGCCCUCAUCAGCCCCUUUGACGUCCUUAAAAUCAGAUUUCAGCUGCAGAUUGAGCGUGUGUCGUCACAGACGCCUGAAGGGAAAUAUCAGGGAUUAUUUCAGGCAUCUCGCUGCAUUUAUUCAGAGGAGGGACUCUCUGCUUUCUGGAAGGGCCACGUCCCUGCACAGCUCCUCUCCAUCUGCUUCGGAGCUGUCCAGUUUGCCAGUUUUGAGCUUCUGACGGAGAUGGUCCACAAGACGACGGCGUAUGACAGCCAGACGGCAGGAGUUCACUUCAUGUGUGGCGGUUUGGCUGCCUGCUCUGCUACAGUGGUCUGCCAGCCUCUGGACACACUGCGGACACGCUUUGCAGCUCAGGGAGAAACCAGGGUGUACAGGAACCUGCGUCAUGCUGUGUCCACAAUGUGCCGCUCAGAAGGAGCGCUGACGUUUUACCGCGGCCUGUCUCCAACACUGAUGGCGGUGUUUCCGUACGCUGGGCUGCAGUUCUUCUUCUACAACGUCUUUAAGAAACUGUUGGCUCCGCCUCCCAAAGCUGGAAACUCAGGAGGGUACCUGGGAAGCCUGGUCUGCGGCAGCGGAGCUGGAAUGAUCAGCAAAACAAUCACGUACCCCUUCGACCUCUUCAAGAAGAGACUGCAGGUUGGGGGCUUUGAGGCCGCCAGAGUUCACUUCGGACAGGUGCGGAGUUAUAGAGGACUGGUGGACUGCGUGGUUCAAAUCUCCAAAGAGGAGGGCGUCCGCGGCUUCUUCAAAGGCCUCUCUCCCAGCCUUGUGAAGUCCGCACUGUCAACAGGCUUCACCUUUUUUUGGUAUGAAGUUUUCCUCAACGCCAUGCGUAACCUCAAAGAGAGACAGAGAACAAACGACCUCGUCAAAGAGCAACAGGAGAGAUAAUGAAGGAAAAACGAUGACAUCAAUAAUGGACUCACGCCUUCGUCAUUUCUAGCACGCAAACAUUUAUAAUUUGGAUUGAUGUUCUUGAUGGUUUUUAUUGUGUUUACAUAUAAGGAUGGGAAAACAUAACCUCAUUUAAUUUCUCUCGUUUGUGUCGUACAGUUUCAUUUGUUUUUAAAUGUAUUUGAAAUUUCACUCUGACUUUCUGGGUGUUGAAGGGUUAAAACAUUUUACAGUCAAGCUGAACUUUGCACAUUUUGAGCUCUGACUUUUAUUAAUGUGUCAUGACUUUGCCAUCGUUGACGCAUUUGAUUGACAUUUAGUUAUUAAAUUCGAUGGGAAGCAUUGAGCAAAUUUUGCUUUGAUGGUGCUGUCGUGUGUAUUUUGAAAAAAAAAAAACAAAACAUCAAACUUGUGUAAUAUUUAUUUUAUUACGUGCUGUCUGUGGUGGGAAAAACAGCAGAAUAAGCCAAAUGUUUGUCGUGCUGAGCUCUUUAAAGUGGCUGAGCCCACAUGUCUGUACAGUCAGGUCAUUAUUUUUAAAAUAAAAAUUUUUAUAAAUU